CCUCAUGCACUUUCCCCUCACAUGCUCUCUCCUCACGCACCCUCCCUAUAUAUGCAUAAUGCACCAUCCCCUCACGCACCCCCUCACAAACCCUCCCCUAGCGCACCCUCCCUAAUGCACCAUCCCAUAUAUGCAUAAUGCACCCUCCCCUCAUGCAACCUCCCCUAUAUAUGCAUAAUGCACCAUCCCCUCACACAACCUCCCCUAUAUAUGCAUAAUGCACCCUCCCCUCAUGCAACCUCCCCUAUAUAUGCAUAAUGCACCAUCCCCUCACGCACCCCCUCACGCACCCCUUCUCAAACCCUCCCGUAGCGCACCCUCCCUAAUGCACCAUCCCAUGAUGCACUCUCCCAUAAUGCACCAUCCCCUCAUGCACAAUCCUCUCACAGGCACCCUUCCCUCACGUGCUCUCACGAAACCCCCCCUCACGUGCUCUCAUGAACCCCCCCUCACAUGCUCUCACAAACCCUUUCCAUCACGUGCUCUCACGAAACCUCCCCAUCCAUGCUCUCACGAACCCUCCCCUCACGUGCUCUCACGAACCCUCCCACCACGUGCUCUCACGAAACCUCCCCAUCACGUGCUCUCACGAACCCUCCCCAUCACGUGCUCUCACGAACCCUUUCCAUCACGUGCUCUCACGAAACCCCCCUCACGUGCUCUCACGAAACCCCCCCUCACGUGCUCUCACGAACCCUCCCCUUACGUGCUCUCACGAAACCCCCCCAUCACGUGCUCUCACGAACCCUCCCCAUCACGUGCUCUCACGAAACCUCCCCAUCACGUGCUCUCACGAACCCUCCCAAUCACGUGCUCUCACGAACCCUCCCCCUCACAUGCUCUCACGAACCCUCCCCUCACGUGCUCUCACGAACCCUCCCCUCACGUGCUCUCACAAAACCUCCCAUCACGUGCUCUCACGAACCCUCCCCUCACGUGCUCUCACGAACCCUCCCCUCACGUGCUCUCACGAAACCCCCCCAUCACGUGCUCUCACAAAACCUCCCCAUCACGUGGUCUCACGAACCCUCCCCAUCACGUGCUCUCACGAAACCCCCCCAUCACGUGCUCUCACGAACCCUCCCCAUCACGUGCUCUCAUGAAACCUCCCCAUCACGUGCUCUCACGAACCCUCCCCUCACGUGCUCUCACAAAACCCCUUUCACGUGCUCUCACGAAACCUCCCUAUCACGUGCUCUCACGAACCCUCCCCAUCACGUGCUCUCACAAAAACUCCCCAUCACGUGCUCUCACCUCACGCUUCUACCCUCACGUGCCCUCCCCUCAAAGGCAACUGCCCUAACACUGCCUCCCCUUUCUCACUCUCGCCUAAUGCACCCUCUCCCCAAUCACACUCCCCCAUGCACCCUCCCCUCACGCACCCUUCCCUUAUAUAUAGACAGUUUUGCUUUUUGACCAUAGUGAAAUGUAUACUCAGCAAAAAUGGUGCAAUGUUUGCUUAGAACUGCAAGUGGUGCCAGUGAUCACAGUGAUCAUGAUUUCUUCAAUGUAAGCACACAAAUUCAAACUUGUGGGCAAAUAGUGAAACUGCAAACUUUGCAACAACUAUGGUGCAAUAAAUAUGGAGUAAAAUGGUGA